CCGCCCCUGGCAGCCCUAGCUAAUUCCAAGCGUUUCUACGGAAUGCGAUCUACGAGAGCCCGAAGGAGAUAAGAAGAAAAAAAUACAUCAAAUUUGUGACGCCAUACGCGACCGAAUACAUCGUCUGCUUACUGUGUGCGUCUGCAUCGCCUGAAAGCGCUACAACCACCGAUUUAGAAGCGAAGUGGGUGGGAACAACCGACCCAGGGAAACCAUCCCCCACGCCAGCCCAGCCCAGCCGUCCAGGAAACCGCAGCCCGCAAACGCACCCACCGCCAGCAGCAAUGUCGGCCGCCCUGAUCGACGCCGACGCCCUGGAGCCGACGCUCCAGUCGAUCCUGGACCAGCGCUCGCUGCGCUGGAUCUUCGUGGGCGGCAAGGGCGGCGUGGGCAAGACGACGACGUCGUGCUCGCUCGCCAUCCAGCUCGCCAAGGUCCGCCGCUCCGUCCUGCUCAUCUCGACGGACCCGGCCCACAACCUGUCGGACGCCUUCUCGCAAAAGUUCGGCAAGGAGGCCCGCCUGAUCGAGGGGUUCGACAACCUGAGCGCCAUGGAGAUCGACCCCAACGGCAGCAUGCAGGACCUGCUCGCCGGCCAGGGCGAGGAUGCCGCCGCGGGGGGCGCCGACCAGGGUAUGGCGGGCAUGGGCGGCAUGAUGCAGGAUCUGGCCUUUGCUAUCCCCGGCAUCGACGAGGCCAUGUCCUUCGCCGAGGUCCUCAAGCAGGUCAAGUCCCUCUCGUACGAGACCAUCAUCUUCGACACGGCGCCCACGGGUCACACGCUGCGGUUCCUACAGUUCCCCUCCGUCCUCGAAAAGGCCCUGGCCAAGGUGUCGCAGCUCUCGAGCCAGUACGGCCCCCUGCUCAACGGCUUCCUGGGCGGGCAGGGCCAGCUGCCCAACGGCCAGUCGCUGCCCGAGAUGAUGGAGAAGCUCGAGCAGCUGCGCGAGACCAUCGCCGAGGUCAACGCGCAGUUCAAGGACGAGGCCCUGACCACUUUCGUGUGCGUCUGCAUCCCCGAGUUCCUGUCGCUGUACGAGACGGAGCGCAUGAUCCAGGAGCUGGCCAGCUACGGCAUCGACACCCACUCCAUCGUCGUCAACCAGCUGCUCUUCCCGCGCAAGGGGUCCGCGUGCGAGCAGUGCGGCGCCCGCAGGCGCAUGCAGAAGAAGUACCUGGACCAGAUCGAGGAGCUGUACGACGAGUUCAACGUCGUCAAGAUGCCCCUGCUCGUCGAGGAGGUGCGCGGCAAGGACAAGCUCGAGCGCUUCAGCGAGAUGCUCGUCAACCCUUAUGUGCCGCCGGAUCUGGCCGACGAGUAGGUGGGCGGGCUUGUAUAAAGAAUAAGAGAGAAGGAAAAAAAACACAGCGCGGUCCUUUUUGGUUCUGGUUUUUCGGAGAAUAGAUCUUGGGUUUUUGAUAUCAAGCUCGGAGUUUCUGCUUGGCGUCAAUAAAGGGAAGCGGCAGCCUUCUUCUCUGUGCUUCGUGUGUUACAUGUCGGUUGAUUACACUCGGUGAUUCCUCGUCCACUACUUUCAUCAAGGCCUAUUCAUAUUCCACGCCCGAGUACUAAAAAUCAGCAUCGACAACAAGCACCAGCACACAUGUUUCAAAGUCACAAGAUUCACGGUUCAACAGGCACUGACAGAUCGCUGGAUGAAAUGCGUUUGUUUUUGUGUAUUUUGUACUUGAAAGGCGAAUGACGAAAUCCAUGCCAUCCCCAGGGCCCAAUGUCCGCCUCCUAAUAUGAUACAAGUCCAAGCAGCCGA